AUGGAGAGACAAGAACAAGAAGCGAACAAGAAGAUCUCCUACGAUAUGAGAAGCAGAGACCCGAUUCCAGAUGAUGUCAUCGAGGAGAUACUCAAAGCAUCGAUUGUUGAAACCCUAGCGAGGUUUCGCUGCCUAUCGACGCAGUAUGCAUCCAUGAUUCGCAGCCGAGAGUUCAUAAAAUCGUACUUGAUCAAGUCUUCUACUCGUCCUCUCAGAAACCUCAUCUUCACAUUCAUGGAGAUGGAACGUUUGGGAAAUCAAUUCGUCUUCUCAGCCAGUCAACCUCAAAAUGAAGGUGAUUCAUCUUCUUCAGCAACUUACCAUAUGAGUAGCCAAUAUCAGAUGCACACUUCUUCUCCUUUUGUUCAUGGUUUGAUUUGCCAUGGACGUCCUUCUAAGAUGGAAAUAUAUAACCCUAGCAAUAAAAAAUCCAUUACUUUGCCUAAGAUCGAUUAUGAGAGUUUCCCAUAUUACAUGUACUUGGGUUAUGAUUCCAUCGAUGGUGAUUACAAAGACACUUUUUGGAGGAAGAUUGAAGAUUUUCCUCCCCACACUCAUAGUUCUCCGUAUUCUCCUGAUCUAUGUCUCAAUGGUGUUUUGUAUUAUGGAGUUCAUCAUCUCAGCACCCAUGAGAAUAAUCCCCACCCUGAUGAUUUGAUUCCUGCGAUUAUGAGUUUUGAUGUUAGGUCUGAAAAAUUUGAUCUCAUAAAACUACCAGAGUUACCAGACAAUGUCUUGCUUCCAAUUCUGACAACCUACGAGGGAAGGUGA